AUGCUUUCUAGACGUCUCGUUAAGCUGGCCUACCUAGGCCAGCUACCACGAGCUCGGUGCCAGUAUAACCUUCCGGUCAUGAUGCAUCAAGCUCGAAGCUAUGCGGCUGCGAUCACGAUCAAAGUCCCGCAGAUGGCAGAGUCCAUCUCUGAAGGAACAUUGAAGCAAUUCACCAAGCAAGUUGGCGAUUUCGUGGAGCAAGACGAGGAGAUCGCGACAAUUGAAACUGAUAAGAUCGAUGUGGCGGUCAACGCCCCUGAAGCUGGAACGAUCAAGGAGCUCCUCGUCAAUGAGGAGGAUACAGUGAUAGUUGGCCAAGAUCUCGUCCGUCUCGAGCCCGGAAGCAGCGGCGUGGGCACCGGUGCCAAGCCAGCAGCUGAACCUCGCGAUUCCGAAUCUCAAACCCAGGCCACUCCGGCCACAGAAGCUCCGGCUAGGCAACCAGAGAGUGAUGUCCAAGUCCAGCAAGCUCAACACCAACCUCCCAGCAGCAAGACAGCGAAUGAGCCCGCCCAAAGCGUUCCACGGGCCGCCGCUGCCAGCACCCCGACAUCCCCGGCCAGUCGUCCAUCCGAAACAGCGAUAAGUAGCACUGGCAGCAUCCCUGGGUCUCGUGAGGAGCGUCGUGUGAAAAUGAACCGUAUGAGAUUGCGCAUCGCCGAACGCCUCAAGCAGUCUCAGAAUACUGCUGCGUCUCUUACUACCUUCAACGAAGUUGAUAUGAGUUCGCUUAUGGAUUUCCGCAAGCUCUAUAAGGAAGAUGUCUUGAAGAAAACAGGUGUUAAACUCGGGUUUAUGGGCGCCUUCUCUCGCGCAUGUGUCUUGGCAAUGAGAGAUAUCCCCGCAGUUAAUGCCUCAAUUGAAGGACCUAACAGUGGUGACACGAUUGUGUAUCGCGACUACGUUGAUAUCAGUGUGGCAGUUGCGACGGAGAAGGGCCUAGUCACUCCAGUUGUACGGAAUGCGGAGGCUAUGGAUAUAGUCACAAUCGAACAGUCGAUCGCGGAACUUGGAAAGAAGGCUCGCGAUGGCAAACUUACUAUUGAGGACAUGGCUGGUGGAACUUUCACAAUCAGCAAUGGUGGUGUGUUCGGGUCUCUGAUGGGUACCCCAAUUAUCAAUCUCCCACAGACUGCUGUCCUCGGUCUGCACGCUAUCAAAGAGCGUGCUGUUGCUGUUAAUGGUAAGGUCGAGGCUCGCGAUGGCAAACUUACUAUUGAGGACAUGGCUGGUGGAACUUUCACAAUCAGCAAUGGUGGUGUGUUCGGGUCUCUGAUGGGUACCCCAAUUAUCAAUCUCCCACAGACUGCUGUCCUCGGUCUGCACGCUAUCAAAGAGCGUGCUGUUGCUGUUAAUGGUAAGGUCGAGGUGAGGCCGAUGAUGUAUCUGGCAUUAACAUACGACCACCGCCUUCUCGAUGGCAGAGAGGCAGUUCAAUUCCUUGUCAAGGUCAAGGAAUAUAUUGAGGACCCACGACGAAUGCUUCUCUAA